AUGUCGAGCUCGUUCCAGCAACAUCCCUCCCCAAUCGGCGACAACCUAAGCAGAAGCAUCACCGCCAUAGUCUUCAUCUCCAUAGCUCUAUACAACGCCCUCGAGCUGACGAUCCUCAUCCCCUUAACCUUCAAAACCUAUCGCAGCCUGUACUUCUGGUCGCUCCUCCUCUCCGCCACAUUCGGCAUCAUCCCAACCAGCCUAGGAACCUUCUUCCAAUUCUUCGAACUGGCCCCGCUAUGGCUGAGCCUCGUCCUCUCCAACAUCGGCUUCAUCAUGCUCGUCCCAACCCAAUCCAUAGUCCUCUAUUCCCGCCUACACCUAAUCUCCACCAACUUCCGACUCCUCCGCGCGCUCAAAUGGCUCAUCAUAGUCGACACCAUCAUCCUCGUCAUCCCCACCGUCACCCUCAACUUUGCCUCGGAAUACUUCUCCAACCACCAAGGCUGGGUACGCGCCUUUGACAUCGUCGAAAAAAUCCAACUCACCUGGUUCGCCGCACAAGAAACCCUCAUCUCAUCCAUCUACAUCUACGAAACCGUCGCCAUGCUCCGCAUCAGCCCGCAGGAAGACAAGAGACGCCAUAAGAUCCUGUACGAGCUGAUUGCGAUCAACGUCGCCGCCAUCGGCAUGGAUGUUGCGCUGCUCGUGCUGGAAUACAUGGGCCUGUAUUUCACGCAGAUUAUCUUCAAAGCGUUGGUUUAUAGUAUCAAGCUGAAGUUGGAGUUUGCCGUGUUGGGUAUGUUGAUUUCGAUUGUGCAUUCGGGCUCGUCGCAUGGUGAACUGCCCAGUUCGGAUUUGUCGCAUUAUAUGGGGUGA